AAAAGUCGUGAUUUCAUAUGAGAUUUUAAAUUUAUAUAAAUAUAAUAAUAUUUUGUUAUUGUUAUUUAUUUAUAAAAUGUAUAGUUACAGAAAUAUUUUUUCAAACAAGAAUUUAUUUUAUUGCACAAAAAAGAAACAACUGGAGUAUUUUAAAAAAUUUUAUUCGUCAAAUAAAGAUCGUACUAAAGAAUAUGAAGGUCGUAAAUUAAUUGGAUUUUCAAUGGAGAAAAUAUUUGACGUAGUGGCAGAUGUAAAAGAAUACAAAAAUUUUUUGCCAUUUUGUAAAAGGUCUGAUGUGUUUGCUCGUAAUGAAGACAGUUUACGCGCAAAUUUAGUCAUUGGAUUCCCACCGUUAUUAAAUGAAAGUUAUACCUCAUGCGUGACAAUGAAUCGUCCGUAUUUUGUUAAAGCCGAGUGUACAGACGGCAAAUUAUUUAAUCAUUUAAAUACACUGUGGAUAUUUAGUCCUGGUUUGAAAAAUAAUCCACAGACAUGUGUUAUUGAUUUUUCGUUAUCGUUUGAAUUUAAAUCAAUAUUACAUUCACAUUUGUCAAAUUUAGUCUUCAAUGAAAUCGUACGUCAAAUGGAAAAUGCUUUUAUCAAUGAAGCUCAGCGACGUUACGGUAAACCUUGUAUAAAAGCUGUUAGAUUAGAGAGAUAAUGUAAAAAAAUAUAUAAAUCGCGUUACUAAUUCCAAAAGGACAUAUUUUUAUUUGCCUUUUUUACCUUUGGGGAUUUUCAGUAGAGUAAUUUUAGAGUAAAUAAUUUUAAAAUCCUAAAGGGCGCGUGAUUUAAAUUUUAUACCCUUUUGGCGGUAAAAUUUGUUUUUAAAUUUUGAAUUUUAAAUGAGACAAAAUUAUAUGUAAUAAAAAAAAAAAUUAUAUAUCCUUUAGAGUCAAGGAAUUUCUCUGGUCAGAGGUUAAAUAAAAAUAUGAGCUUAUGGAAUUAGAAACUUGACAUAUAUUUAAAUAAUGACAUGAAUUAUAAAUAAUAAAAUAAAUAAAAAUAAA